UUUUGGAUAUGUUAAAUGUUGAAAUACAUAAUUUUUGAACACGAAGGAAAGAUUUGUUCUAAGAACAGGGAAGUUUUCACAAUCAAACCGCGUUUUAAUCAUGGAAUCAGCGGCAGAAAGUGGCGAUACUCAAUCGUCUACUGCUGUCGUUGAUGCUCGUGAUUUUGUUCAAUUUUUAGUGAAAGUUGUGCCGGCAAUUUUGGAAGGUGAUACCGAUCAAAGCCAUGAGCUUAUAAACGCUUGCAAUAAUGACGAAUACUUUGAGUGUAUAAAGAAAUUUCUUUCUGAUCCUCAAACGCGAGCGUUGAUCGUAAGCAAGAGUGUUUUAAAAGACGAAGAAGAAGACAAAGCUCAGAUAGCGCUGCAGAAUCGGAAAGAGAUGGACGCAUUUCUUAUUCAAUACAUCUAAAUGUUCAAUAUACAGCACCCAAGCUGAACAGCGUUGGUUUUAUCAAACGAUUUGCUGUUGUUGAAGCUGAUAAAAAGAUUGCCUCUCAGCUGAGGCUUUUGAAUUUAAGCGAUGAUUCCCCAUUUGAGACACUUCAUGCCCUUGUCAGCAAUGCAGUUGCUCCUUAUUUCAAAAUCAUUUGUUAAAACAUCUGGAAAAGCAGACAGGGAUGGUGAUAAAAUGGUACCGUCUGUUGUGAAGAUUUCAGAAUUGGAAAUGGCACUUCUACAUUUGCAGCAAAAUAUUGACAUACCUGAGAUAACAUUAAUCAUUAAUCCAACUGUCUUGAACAUGAUCAAGAAAUGUGAGGAAGAAGCAAGAAAAGCAAAAGUUCAAGACUUUGGAGAACUUUGUGAAGAUUCCACCUUUCUAAAUCAAUUACAGAAUGGUGUCAACAGAUGGAUCAGAGAAAUUCUAAAAGUAACCAAGCUAAAUCGUGAUCCGGCAUCCGGAAAUGCCUUGCAGGAGAUUAGCUUUUGGUUGAACUUGGAAAGAGCGCUCCUAUGUAUUCAAGAAAAACGUGAGAGCUUUGAAGUUGCUUUGACUUUGGAUAUCUUAAAGUGUGGAAAAAGAUUUCAUGCAACUGUUAGUUAUGAUUCUGACACUGGCUUAAAGCAAGCAAUAACAACUGUGAAUGACUACAGCCCUAUGAUGAAAGAUUUUCCUCUUGAUGAUCUUUUGUCGGCUACUGAAUUUGAUAAAAUCAGAUCUUCUCUGACACAGAUCUUUGCUCAUCUCAGGAAAAUUAGAAACACAAAGUAUCCCAUUCAAAGGUGCUUGUGAUUGGUUGAAGCAAUCUCACGUGACUUAAGUGCUCAACUUCUGAAGGUGUUAGGUCCAUCGAGACUUAUGCAUAUCCCUUAUGAAGAUUUUGAUAAGGUGAUGGUUGCAUGUUUCAAAGUGUUUACAACCUGGGAUGAAGAAUAUGAAAAACUAUAGACAAUGCUUCGUGAUAUUUCAAAGAAGAAACGUGAUGAACACGGAAAAGCUGGUCGUGUUAAUCCAUCUCAGAAAAAUCACAAGGACGACUUGAAAACGUCAGAAAUACCUGAGACAUUGUAUAAAACUCCACCAUGGCAUCAGUCAACUGUUGAGCAGAGCUUCUUAGUGAGGGGAUCAACCUCAACAUGGCUCGAUUACAGGUUCCGUAUAUCUGCGUUAAAGAAACUGCACCAUGACAGUCGACAUACACAACAGGCCCGUGACGUAAAAAUCUACAAGAAAUAACAAUAAAACUUGUUGAGCACGUGACAUACAGGGAAUGGUUAUUAUAAACGUUGAUAAUCUCGUUAAAAUAACAUCUUAUCGGUCACCUGUGAGUGAGUGCCUUUCUUCCUGGAUCCGUAGGAGGAUUACAUGCUCCAACAAACUGAAUUCUUUCUAACCUCACCCAAGAUUGAUCAGAUGAGUGAUAGAAACCAUUGUGCUCUACCAUUUGACGCAAGAAGGAAAAAACUCUCUGGGUACCUGGUAAAACAUUCCAUGUGAAUGCUUAUAGAUCAGUUUUACAGUAUGGUACAUGAUGAUAAUAACUAUAGGAAAUAUUCUGAUAAAAAUACGUUCUUGCUGCAAUAUAGUCGGCGAUAACAUGCUAUUUAAUAUCAACAAAUGACGUUUGCAUAUUCUAAGAGAAAGUCAAAAUGUCGAGGGUUUUCUUAAAUCGCCAAACAAAUUUGAAGAAGUAUCAACGUAAGAUUAUAGCCAUUUAACACUUUCCUAAAGUAGCGUAUGAGUACUAGAUUGCCACUACAUUUGCAAGAACUUAAGAGACGAUUUUAUCUACUAGAACAAAUCACACGAUUCAUAUUCAAUACCAAACAUAUUAAUACCAUGAUUAUCCUUAUCAUACCAUAAUAAACGUUUAAAUAUAAUAUAAUACGCGGCGUUUAAAUAUAAUACGCAGCGUACAUGUACGUGUACAUGUACGUGUACAAAUACGCGUACAUAUACGUGUAUUUGACUGCCGUUGUACAAAACAUGGAGGACUGAAUAAAAAACCGCAAAACCAAGGUAAUUGUAGUCGUAAUAUAAAAUACUUAAAAUAAACAUUUUAAAUUGA